GGUAUCAGAAAAACAUUUUAAUAUGAAGGUUAGAAUGUCUCUUUGUAUAGGAAUGAAUGAAUUUUCAUUUAGUUUUAUUUUGGAAUUAUAAUACUUCGGAGUUUGCAUGUUCUCCUCAUGCUUUGGGAGUUUCCUCCGGGUACCCCGGUUUCCUUCCCCGGUCCAAAGACAUGCGCUGUAGGCUGAUUUCCAAAUUGUCCGGAUGACUGUGUGAAUGGGUUUGGGAUUGUGCACUGCGAUGGGUUGACACCCCGUCCAGGGUGUCCCCCGCCUUGUACCCUGUGUCCCCGGGAUAGGCUCCAUGCUCUCCCGCGACUCUGUGUAGGAGAAGUGGUACAGAAAAUAGAUGGAUGGACACACUCCUUACGUCUUUUAUUAAGGUGAGAUUUCUUAUGCCUACUGAUGCCAAAGGCAGAUUCCAAAGAAGGUCACUAAUUAUAUGUGGAUAUAUUCAACUAUUACUAACGAUCGUGGAGAAAACACAAAAAUAACACAGUUCUGUUGAAAAUGCCAGAGAUUUUGAGUUUGUGUACCCCAGUUUAUGUGUGCACUUGGUACAAGCAACAGCCAAACAUUCAUUCAAUGACAAUGCCAUAGUCAUUUUUUUUUUUUUUUGCAGAAUCACAAUUAAGUCAAUAUUUUUAAAGUAAUUGCCAUGUUAUGGCUAGAUCACUGCAUCUGUCCAUGCCCAAUGGCAAUCUGUUUCAAUCUGUGCUGAGCAGGCAGUUUUGUAGCCCAUUGGAGAGGGCCGUCAUAAUAGGAUAGGUAAAGGAUUACAGGUAAGAUGCCCCAGAUGUCCAGCUUUAGCCAUAUCUAGUGUGUCUCUCACCCAAGCAUGGGCUCAGAGGGGCGAAUGUACCACUCUUUCAAUUGAGUUGGUAUCUGGACUAUCUUUAGCACCUCACCUGGGGGAGGGAUCACCACAUCAAAACUCAGGCUGACCACCACAGAGGAAUUCACCACUCUGGACAACAAAAAGGCAGAAAUUCAUCUCGAGACACAAGAGGAUUUAACCUUGGAUUUUGGAUUACAGUAGCAUUUUUGGAGAGCCCUUCUUAGCAAAAUAUAAAAAAUUAGUUUCCAUCUUCAGAACCAGAGAUCUUCUUUGUAUUCUUGUAGUGUAACGCUUCUCUUCUGCCAUCAUGGUGUGGGCUAAAAUGAAGUUCCCCUUUGAAAAAAGGGUGAAGCUAGCUCAGAGUUUGUGGCUGAUCUCCUGGCUGGCCACUUUAGGUGGAGCGAUCACCUUCUGUCUUGGAUGCUUCUUGAAGACAGAACUACGCCGGAGGGCAGAGGUGAUGGACAACACAGAGAUCCACAUUGUCCCAAACACCCUCCUUGUGGCUGGACUGGCCUCUAUGGGAAUCAACUUUUUUGCGGGUCGGAUCUGCCAGGACGCCCUGGAUGCUAGCCGCUUCCCACGGUGGAAGACCUUCCUAAAGCCCUACUUCUGUUGUGCUAUCUUUUUCACCACCCUACUGCUGAUUGGAGUCAUCCUAAGUUACGCCAUGAAGGGCAGCCUGGAGGGCUCGCUGAAAGUUGGCCUCAAGAAUGGCAUCCGUUUCUACAAGGACACGGACACCCCAGGGCGCUGCUUCCAGAAGCAGACUAUCGAUCGCCUGCAGAUGGAGUUCCGGUGCUGCGGUAACAACGACUACAAAGACUGGUUCGAGAUCCAGUGGAUCAGUAACCGCUACCUGGACUUCAGCUCCAAGGAGGUUAAGGAUCGUAUCAAGAGUAAUGUGGAUGGGCGUUACCUGGUGGAUGGUGUGCCCUUCAGCUGUUGUAACCCAAGUUCCCCUAGACCCUGCAUCCAGUACAAAUUGACCAACAACUCUGCCCACUACAACUAUGAGCACCAAACUGAGGAGCUCAACAUCUUCAUUCGCGGCUGCAGGGAAGCUCUGGUUGGCUACUACAUGGGCCUGAUGAACAGCAUUGGUGCUGUAGUGCUGACUGUCUUUAUCCUUCAGAGUACAGUGGUUGCAUGCCUGAGAUAUCUGCAGACAUCCAUGGAAGCAGUGGUUGGGCAGGAGAACACGGAGGUGGAAACGGAGGGCUACCUGCUGGAGAAGAGCGUGUCAGAGACCAUUAUGGAGUACCUGGACCCUGUGAUGAAGCUCCUGCUGAUAAACCAGGUGGAAGAUGGGCAAGCCAAGGCAGAGGCAGGGGCUGCUGGCACAUCAGGCACAACAACUUCCAAGUCCUAAACAUCCACAGCUAUCUGAUUCAAUGAAAUGAAUGACCCAGUACAACCAGUACUUGGCAAAGAUAUCUAUUAUCAUUUCUAGCAAAGAAUCUCGUAUGAAACUAUUAUAUGUAUGGAACUACUAUGUAAAUAAUUUACCUAAUUCACCAAACAAUACAUUAUCUUCAA